AUGGGCUUGAGCAGUCUAGAUGUGGAUACCACGACUGGGGAAGCUUUUGCACCAGGCCGAGGUACCGCAUCGUCGGACUAUGAAGCUGCCAAAAGAGCCGCAGGAAUACCAACAGGCGGCCAGCCCAGCGCAUUGCGCAUGGGACGUGGCAAGGGGAUCGGUGGAUUUCUAGGCACGCCGGCGUAUGCUGCGCGCUUCAGGCUCGACAGUUUGUCCAACGAGCUUUUAGACCCAGUGGCUGAUCUGCUUGGAAAGACAGACUUCCUCCUGACCGAGGAUAGAAUCUCUAGCCUUGAUUGCCUCGCGUUCGGCUAUCUGUCUCUGCUGUUCUACCCAGCAGUACCUCAGGCGUGGGUCAAGGAGACCAUCCAGACAAAGUUCCCUCGCAUCGCUUCGUACAUUCGUAGAUUGCGAAAAGACAUCUUCUGCGACGAGGACAUCAAGCCAGCAGAUGUAUGGACCAUAUCUUCCGGUCCACCACAAGCCUCGAGUGGAAUGCUGCUACCAUGGCAGCCUCGGUCCCAAGGUUUUAUGUCCAGCGCCUUGGAUGGAGCUCGAGAGAUUGCUGGAAACCUCCCUCUGGUUUCAUGGUUCACGCAGGGCACGUCUGUCGUGCACAUGGACUAUCCGCUGUCUUCAAAGAACAUGCGUUCGUCGAUGCCCUCUCCCGUCUUUAUCAACACACUACUGGGCGCGACUGCAGCCGCGACCAUCGGGUUUGCUUCGCUUGCAAUCCAUCAUCGUCGCUCGCCGCGCGAGGGCGCUCUCAUUUUCUGGGCACUGCGCCCAAGUACUGGCUUCGGUGAAGCUGGUGACAUCUUGAGCAUUUUCGCCAACCAAAUGCCAACGCACCUCUCAAAGCAGAACAUCUGCUUCUUUGCAGACAUCGUGGGGCAAAGUGGAGAGGACAAUCUGUACGAUCAGGGUAGGAACCCUGGGACAACCAACACCAACAACUUCGUCCUGAUAUACCCAAACCUUUCUACAUUUAAUCGAACCCCAGCCAACAAGAUGCACCGAACAUACAGCAUGCGCCAGUCUCGCGCGCCCACGGCGUCGCAGAUUCAGAACCCGCCCCCUCCGUCCUCGUCGACGAAGAGCGGACGUUUCUUCGGAAAGGCCAACAUUGGCCACACGUUCCGCCACAAGUCCGCGGGCGCAUUCGGGCCUGAUCUUGCAAAGAAGCUCUCACAGCUCGUCAAGAUGGAGAAGAACGUCAUGCGCAGCAUGGAGCUGGUUUCCAGGGAGCGCAUGGAGGUUGCUCAACAACUCUCCAUUUGGGGCGAGGCCUGCGACGACGACGUGUCUGACGUCACAGACAAGCUGGGUGUGCUCAUCUACGAGAUUGGUGAGCUCGAGGACCAGUAUGUCGACCGCUACGACCAGUACCGCGUUACCAUCAAGAGCAUCCGCAAUAUUGAGGCUUCCGUCCAGCCCAGCCGCGACCGCAAGCAGAAGAUCACCGACCAGAUUGCGCAAUUGAAGUACAAGGAGCCCAACUCACCUAAGAUUGUGGUCCUUGAACAGGAACUUGUGCGUGCCGAGGCCGAGUCUCUCGUCGCCGAGGCCCAGCUUUCAAACAUCACCCGCGAGAAGCUCAAGGCCGCCUUCACUUACCAGUUCGAUGCUAUGCGCGAGCACUGCGAGAAGCUUGCCAUCAUUGCAGGUUACGGCAAGCACCUGCUCGAGCUCAUCGACGACAACCCAGUCACUCCUGGAGAGACUCGCCAGGCUUACGAUGGCUACGAGGCUAGCAAGGCCAUUAUCCAGGACUGCGAAGACGCCCUGACCAACUGGGUCUCCCAGAACGCCUCCGUCUCUUCCAAGCUGUCCCAGCGAUCGCGUACUCUGUCCCAGCGUCGCCGCAACGCUACCCGCCGUGGCGAGGGUGUUGACCUCUCGGGUCAGGAUCAGACCAUGGAUAGGGAGUCUGGACUUUGGAUCCCUGCCUCAGAGCACCAAGGCAACGGCUAUGACGACCGUGACGAGCUCGACGACGAUGAGGCGCACUCUACUAUUGCUAGCGAGCAGCGUGGUCGCGAGGAGGAGAGGGUGAUUGCAGCAUAGACGUCUUACUGACGUACUUACUAGCACUCGCCUCCUCGUCCUCUCUUAGUACCCCGCGGCUGACGAUGUAUACCCCCGAUGGAGUGGCCGAUGUUGAUGGUACUGCGAAAAACUUGAAACGUGAGCGGGAAAUGAAUUUCUCGAGUUGAGAACUGCCUUUUGUAUACGAGAACCUUUUUGAUGAUUUACGAUGUCAUCUCGCAAUAAUAGUGUAAUGCAAGUAAUUAUUCGAUCUCAGA